CCGCGAUCCUAUCGUGAACACUACAACCAGCAGUAACAGCUCCCGCCGACAACACACUCGUCAGCCAUGUCUCGCAGUUGCACCAUCUCCCUAGCGUUGUGCGCAUUGACCGCCAUCUGCAUGCUGCCGACCUCCAGCGCACAAUACGAAGGUGCGGUAGGCGAGGGCCAGGGCUGGGAGGCACUGGGCGGGCUCUACGCGCUUCUGGCGCAACAUGAUGCACUCGACGGACACGCACUGGCCCGCAAGUCUGUGCGUUCGCCCUCUCGCCGGCUGCGCUUUGGCCGCCGCUCCGACCCCGACAUGCCCGCACAGGCCCCGUUGGACGAGAUGGAAGAGCUGGUGAUGCGUGAGGUGCGUACGCCCGUCCGUCUGCGCUUCGGCCGCCGCUCCGAGGAACACGCUGUGCCCCACAUCUUCCCCCAAGAGGAACAGGACCGUGCUGUGCGUACUCCCUCUAUGCGUCUUCGUUUCGGUCGCCGCUCCGAUAACAACAUGUACUUGCUACCCCUAGAGUCCGCCUUGCCUAAGGAGGUGAAAGCCAACGGCUCCGUGGAAGACGACAGACAGCAGUAAACGUAUCGAUUCUACUCCUAACAAAAUAAUUUCUGCAUCUCAACGCUCCAUACUAUAUGUCGCCAGUCUGUUGCGGCAAGCUAUACCCGCUAAACAUGCUGUGUCAAAAUUUUAAUAUCAAUAUUUAGGUGUUUUUAAUAAUAUAAGCUAAAUGUAUACAAAGAUUAUCUAUGAUAUUGUUAACAAGUUGAUAACGAAAAUUUUACGUCGUGUCCCUAAUAGGUUUUUUUUUAAUGUUGAAGUUUCUUCUGUAUAUUUUUUGUUUUU